UUUACAUGUCAAUAUUUGACGUAAAGCUUCACCUAAAUCUUUUUGUACUUUCUUUUUCGACUUAUUAAUUUUCUUUCGUUCGCCAAAUUAUCCAGUGACUUCAUUAAAUUUAAAAAUGUCUUCAAAUACCGACGAUAUUACCAGUUCGGUCGAUUCAAGUUGUGACUACGAUAGUAUUAUAAAAAGCCUAGAAAAACUUGAAGGAUUCAAUCUGAGCGAGCUAAAAAACGUAAUAGAAAAAGGAUUAGAAAACGUACUUGGUGCACCAGUCAUAAAAGAAGCGAAACCUAUCGAAUCUCGUAACUGCGCCUCUGACAAAUUGAUCGAUUUCAAUUUUGCCAAAUCUGCAGUUAAUAGCAUCAAAUCGAACUCAAAUUGGUCUUGUGUUGGUAGAAGGUCGUCAAGCAUUAAAAGUGUUUCAUUUAAAGAUGUCAUUGAAGAUGAUAUCAGUAGCAGAGUGGAGGAGCAUUCAGGAAAAGGUGAUGAACCGUUGAUCCCGUACGAUAGUGAAAGUUCUGACAUGUUCAAGAAGUUCGUGGUACAAAUUGCCGAUAAAAACAGCAAUAGUACGGAUCUAUAUUCAGAUAUGGAUAAUGUUAAGAAAGAGGGAUGCAUACAAACCGAUUCAUUUCACUCUGUUCUAAAGCAUGACGAGUUUGAUGAAAUGGCGAUUUCGGAAACGUUGCUGGCUCUAAUCGACCAGAAAAAUAAGUACAUUUCUCAGCUACAGAACAAAGUGCACAAUCAAAAGGUUCAGCUACAAUUUUAUCUUCAGAAGACAUUUAAUAAUUCAACGAUAAAAGCACUUUCGCAGACGUGUGACCCGUAUGCAAUGGAAGACAACAUUAAUUUGAAUUUGGCGAUGAAACGAUUUUGCAAACAGGAAGGCGUGAAAACGACAUUAAUGCACCUCCAUGAGCACAUGAUGCAGCUAGAAGGAAACAUUUACGAUAUUCUGGACAAUCAGGAUGUGGUUAUUCAAGAAAUAGCGAAAGCUUUGCAGUCUAAGGAAGAAGAAAAACAUUCCAGCUCGGUUGUGAUGCGUUCGAUGUCGAAGCAACUUGGCAGCCCGUCGUGUUACGAAUGUUUACAGAAGAACUACUUUUGCUUAUUGAAACUUCGAAGAGAAAUGUUUCAUUUUCGGAAUUCUUGUGAGAAAAUACUUAACAUCGAAGAUGAAAGGAAUCACAUAGUGGAGCAGGUGUAUUCUCUGCCCGCUGAUCAACGAAUAAAUUGUAACAUUCUCGCAAGCAUUCAAUUCGACAAAUUUCGAAUAGAAGAAGAAUUCGAACGAAUAAAAGAAGAACAAAAAAGAAUAGAAAAUCGACUCUACAUCGGCGAACAUUUGGAAAAGUACUUUAAAUGCAUGGCAAGCGAUGGCGUUGUAGACGUGCCUCUCAAGAAAAACAAAAUAGACGAAUACUUGGAGAGACAACUAGACACUGCCAACUCCGAUGGUCUUGCUCUGUUAACAAUUAUUCACAAACAGAAGGCCAAAUACACCCAAGAACUUCAUGCACUUUUCCUGGCAAACAGACAGUUAACAGAAGAAGUCGAGCAAUUGCAGAAAGCCGUCGAUGAAAGAGAAGCACUUUUACAUAAAUUCAUGUACCAGAAACAUUCCACUUUGAAUAGUGUUAAAUCUGAAGCGAAAACCGAUGUAACUUUAAGUGACACGAACGUAUUCAAUUCUCAGAAAUCUAAAAGUGGAUUGGUCCGACGUAAAAAGAAAGGAGGUUUGGCAAGUGAAUUGGAAGAACAGCUACAAGCGUUAGGAAAUAAGUUGAGAAAAGAAAAUACGGAAAAAGGGAAGCUAGAAAUUGAAUUAUCCCUUCGAUCGUCAAGUGAAUACAAGAUCGAUGUAAGUCAGAGAUUCAACGAAAAAUCAUUAAAAUUAAGUGAAAAUGAGGAGAAAAUAGUUUCAAAUGCUCAUCACAAAUGGAAACUUAGAGCCGCUGAAACCGAAUUUGAUAAGAAGCUAGAAGAAAUAUUGGACCAGAAAGAAGAAUACCUGCAGGACAUAAAAGACCUUACAAAGAUUGUCCGUGGGCAGGAAUUACAAAUUAAACACCUUCUGGUCAUAAUAGACAAACUGAGACCGCAUAUUGAAUCGAAGGAACAAGUAAACUGCAGUCUUCCGUUGGAAUUCAAAGAUUUAACACAAGUAGAAACUCAAACCAACGAACAGCCAGAAACAAAAGUUGAACUUAAAGAAGCGUAUGUUCAAACUGUGGAUCAGGAUGUAUCAACAUCUAAACCAAGAAGUCCAGAAAAUCGUUCAGAAAUGCGUUCCGUAAUUGAUGUUCUCAGAGAAUGUGCCGAAAAUGUUAAAACGAUCUUUAGAACUUCUUCUUCUGAUUAUUCAUUACGCAGUAGCUUCAAAAGGCAACCUGAAAUUCGAUUUGCCACAUACACAAGUGAAAAACUAGCUGAUAUUCCUGAUAAAUAUAUUGGGAGUAACAAUACGACUUGUCUGGAGCAGCUACCGAAGGAGGAGGAUUCUAAAUCAGAAACUCUUCCGCAUUCGAGCAACUGUCAUCCCUUUUGUCCACUGAUGAAACCACUUCAGUGUUUGCUUGGGUUGGCCAGACAUAAAUCAGAAAGCGUCAUAACAGUAAGGAACAAGCAACAGGCCAUCCUUGAUAAUAUCGCCGCCAGUUUUAAAUCCAAUGCGAGGGCGGGGCUUCUACAACUGAAGGAUUUACAAGACACAAGUAAACACAUUACAUUUGCUGCGGAAAUCCAUGAAACAUUUCCUAUACCGGAUACGGAUAAUUCUCCAGAUACGUCAGAAGGAAAAAGCUGCGGAUCUUCUAAAAAGGAAGAGGAAGCAGACGCCAACGUAAAUGCUACGGCAAAACAAGACACGGAGGGAUCACAGUUUCUUUCGAGUUUGGAUGUACUCUCUACGGUAAAUGAGCAAUCAAACGAAGAAAACUCAUCUAAAUCCACCAACAAACAAAAUCGAACACCUUCUACCAAUGAUUCCAAAAAGUGUGAAGAUGACAGUAUAGAAGAGUCUUCCGGAAAGAAUAAAUCUAACUUUUCUAAGAAAUCAGAUAGAUCGUCAAGUGGGUUUGUCAAGAGUCAACCAAAAAGUACAACUUCACAACAGCAAUCUUCAAAAUCUGCAAAAAGCUUUAAACAACAGAAACAAUCUGGUUUACCAGAGAAUGAGAAAAAAUCUUGUAACUCUUCCACAACUGUUCGAAAAAAAUCGGAAAUAAACGCGUACGAUAUUCCUAAGUCGGAAAAAUCAUUCUGUUCCAAAAAACAAGAAUACAUAGUUAACUAUUUCACUAAUGUCAAACCAAAAUCAGAAAUACCUUUGGAAGAUAAAGACCAGAAGUCUGAGAAAUCAGCCUCCAACAAAGGCCAUAGGUCAGAAAAGUCUGUUUCAUCUGCUACACAGAAGUCAAAGACACUUCACAGUGACAUCAGCAUAAAAGAGGAAACGAACUACAAUUCUCAGGUACAAUCUCAUAGGACCUCCAUCGCAUGCUUUCAGAAGUAUGAAAAGGAACCUGACAAUUCCACAACUUCUUCUAAUAAUGUGAAGACAACGAGUAUUGUGGACGAAAUCUUACAGAAAGAAAUGAAUAUUAUAAAAAAAGAACUGGAAGUCCUCGCCCGUAAAUUUAAUUGGAAGUCAGGAAAACCCUUGACAGAGGACAAACAAAAGUCAGAAAACUCAUUGUCUACAAAUGCUCCUCUCGAUUCUUUAAAAUCAAUAAGUAAUUGUCCAAGAAACUCCGAAUUAUCCCUUACCGACAGUGAACAAAAAACAGAAAAAAAUAUCGAACAACUAACUGAGAGGUCCUUUACAAGGGACGAAAGAGAAUCUGAACCCGUAACGGCUGCUAAGGAACAGUUGCAGGUGAAUGAAAACUGCUUAAAUUUGAUUAAAGAUUGUUCGCCUAAACAUGUAAUAUCAACCAAAUGCAACAGCAGUCCGACAACGACCACAUUGAAAGUAGAAAUGACUGAUACCGAAGGUAAACUUCAUCAGAUCAACGCAACAUUUGAGAGUUCUGACGAACUUCAAGGAAUCAUAGAGAUUGACGACAACUCUGUUGUCCAUGUGAAAUUGCUGUGUGGUAACGUGUUUCAGCAAAGUGCGAUCGGUAUUGAAAAAAUUUCCGAUGAUAUUGUACAAAAUUACGAAAUUAAACCAUACGGUGAAACGUCGAACGAAUCGUGCAUAGAGUCCGGUAAGGAAACAUUCCAGGAAUGUAACAUAUCUGGGGUUAAAGUUUGUAAAAAGAAAGGAGCUAUUGCAGCCAAAGCCUUCUCCGUUACGUCUGUCGUCACUGAAAUACCCAUGGUCAGAAGUACGAGCAGUCUUGGUAUGUGUGCAGAAAUGACUGACAAAUUAAAGGCAAUUGUCACGGAAAUGGAUAAGAAACUGGAGACGCCGGAAGGAAAGAAAGAAGUACUCGAUUCUCUCAGAUCAUUGUGCAGAUUACCUUCAUAUGAAGAUGCAAGUCGUGCAAACAGCUGUUCAGAAUGUUAAAGAGUUUUAAAUUACUUCAAUUAAACUAUUAAUAUCUAUAAUAUUGACGUACGUUACUUAUUACAUCUUACGUUAAAUAAAUUUGUUGCCAGUAUAAAUUGUAAGUAUGUACAUUUAAAAUUAUCGUAUGUUUGCAAUAAAAAUAAUUUGACAUGUACGCAACUGAUAACUAUGUUAUUAAAUAAACUUUUACAUCAUA